AUGAGUCAGGGCAUGUCCGAACAGCCCACCAGCGACACUCAUCAGCGCAUGUCCCGUGAUCGACACAGUUCCAGCGCACCAACAAAGAUAUUACUGCUCACUAACAUCAUAUCAAAGGAGGACGUUGACGAAGACCUUAACUCAGAGAUGAAGCGCGAGUGCACAAAGUAUGGCCGAGUGCGUACUGUACUUGUGCAUAUUGUUAAUGGCAGACAGGUGCAUCCGGACGACGCUGUGCGCAUCUUUGUACAUUAUGAGACGGUUGAUGAGGCCAAGAAGGGUCACUCACAACUAAGUGAUCGAUACUUUGCAGGACGAAAGAUCAGAGCGACAUACUACAACGAAGACAUGUUCAUUGAUGGCCAUUUGGAUUCAUAA